AUGGACAGAAACAGAGAAUCGAGGAGAGCGAGUAUCGUCGGCUCCAAUGGCUUCAAUAGAAGGAGGUACAGGACAAACAGCGUUAGAGACUCUCCAGAUGAAGAUGGGGGACUUGAAUUGCAGGAAUCAGUGAGGUUAAGGGAGAGAGUGAAGAAAUAUCCAGAUCGAGAGAGGGAGAGAGAAAGAGAUAGAGAAAGAUACAGAGAAAGGGAGAGAGAUUUGAGAGAGCGGUCCAGUCGGAUUAAGAGAAGGAGAGCCGAGAGGCUGGCGAGCCACAAAGACGAUACCGGCGGCGAUGAUACUUCCGACGAGAGCCUCAACGACGACGAGGACGAUGAAUACGAAGAGAACGUUACAUCCACCAUCAAGAUGUUGUCGCCGGCGGUAGGUUCCGUUUCCAACCACCAAGUUCAUGUCGGCAACCACCACCACCACAAUCACAGCCACAGCAGUGGCUUUAGUCAACAACAGCACAACAGUAACAGUAGUAGCAAUAUUCUAAUUAACAGUAGCCACCAUCUUCAACACAGGAAGACCUUCCCUCCUAUCUCUUCUUCUUCUUCAGCCAAGGUUCUCAGAGCACCGCCUGUUUGGAAAUCCGGCGAUGAGAUGAUCAGUGUCUCCGUUCCCAGAAAAGCUCGUUCUGCUUCUACAAAGAGGUCGCACGAUUGGAUUUCAAGUACCAGCAAUAACAAUAGCAGCGGCGGAGUUUCCGGAGGGGCAGAUCAAAUUCCGGCCCAGCCAACGAGCUCUCCGGCAAGACCAACUCACAUGUCGGCAUCCACCGCGCCUCCCGCGGCGGCAGAUCCGCCGUCUCCAUCUUCUUCAAAUGCUUCCAUUAGAAAGAAGCUUAAACACAGCGCUAACAACACCGCCGGUCCUAAACCCAAGCCGCCGAAAGUCUCAGCAUUAUCAUCGAAGCUGAGCUCUUCUCACCCGGAGGAGCUUGAGAUCGAGAUUGCCGAGGUUUUAUACGGCUUGAUGACCCAGUCACAAGGCCCAUCUUCAUCAAAUAAAGAGGAACCAAGAGAAGUAAAUCAUUUGAGCAUCGAUGCAAAGUCGCGAAAUUCAUCUCCGAUCUCUAAUUCUACUUCGAAUAAUAAUACUAAUAAUAACAGUAUGAAUAAUCUCCAUCCUGGACCCAAUUCCGGCCCCCUUUCAGCCGUCGCCCAGACGAGGAAGAGGCCGAGGCAGGUACCGGAAAGAUCGACCUUGGGUGCACGGACAAAACCAGAAACAGAUGAGACAUCAGAUAACAAAAUGUUGGGAUCUGCAGGUGAGACUGCGUCUGAAGCGGUGGGGAUUAAUUCGGUCAUUUCACAAGAUUCGACGAAGUCGGAUUUGGAGCUGAAGCCAUCGGCCGACGAAUUUAGAGAAAGCAGAGAUUGGGUUGUUGGGAAGGAAGAUGUUAGCUCAUCGAAGGAGCAGGAAUCUCCUGCUGUGAGAGGUCAGGAUACCAGCAGUAGGGACUCGCCAUCGGUAGCCACAGCCUCAUCUGCUGCGGAUACACCUAUUAAUGGGAAUUUGCCUGGUGUUGGAGUUGAGAAAGAAGAAAAGUUUGAGAUAGAUCUGAUGGCACCCCCAACACAAGCAAGAUCAUCACCCGAAAGGGAAACCAAUAUUGAUUUGAGUGCUUCAACCAUUGUUGAUAGAGAUAUGAAUCAUGUAACAGUAUCCAAAGAUAACGACAACGAUAAAGCUAAAAGUGAAAGUGGGAGUUUACAUUCAUUGAAUGUGGCAGCUGAAGAAAAGAAAUCCGAGGAGAGUGAAUCUAACAACAAGGCGAUCGACAACAAGGGGCGUGAUAUCGAUUUACACCUUGAUUUGGAUAAACCGGACAAAGAUGUUGUGAGCUCUAGCAUUAACGCCAAGGACAACAAAUCCCGAAGGCAGAUACAGAAGCAAGCACAGCCGCAAGUACCUUUUAAGGUCGCCGGCAAAGAAGAGCCUCCCUUUGAGAAACCUGGUCAUUCAGCAAGCUCGCUGCCUUUACCCAUGCAAAGUUGGCCUGGUGGGCUUCCUCCUAUGGGAUAUAUGGCCCCAUUGCAAGGAGUGGUCUCUAUGGAUGGAAGUAGUGUGGCACCAGCUCAUUUACAGCCGCUUUUUUCUCAACCACGGCCAAAACGUUGUGCCACACAUUGCCACAUUGCCCGGAACAUACACUGCCUCCAACAGUUUAUGAAGAUGAACCCUUUCUGGCCGGCUCCUACAGGGUCACCCGCUUCUUUAUUCGGGUCGAAACCGUGCAAUUUUAAUGUGGGUUCCCCAGUGGAUUUAAGCAUUGCAGCCAGAGGUGUUAGUAGUUUGCAGGAUAAGGGGCCAGGCCUUGCUAGUGCUCCCAAUAAUGUUGGUAAGGAUAAAAGUUCUCAACCUGCUAAUAGUUCCGAUUCUGCGCAGAAAAAGCAGCAGAUUUUGAUCCAGCAAGCAUUGCCGCAAGCAUUGCCCCCUGUGGCACCUAGCAAUUUACUGGGCCCAACUUUCAUUUUCCCUCUAAAUCAGCAGCAAGCAGCCACCGUGGGGAAAUCCACGUCGACUGUGUCAGCAUCCAACAUGGCCACCACCUCCUCUUCUGCACCAGCAACAGCCAUGAGCUUCAGCUACCCCAACAUGUCCCCAAGCGAGACCACUCAAUACCUGGCGAUUCUACAGAACAAUGCAUUCCCUCCUUUCCCCAUCCCCACUGUCGGUGCCCCACCCAACUACAGAGGAGGAGCCCCCACUCAACCCAUGCCUCUAUUCAAUGGCCCCUUCUACUCGUCCCAGAUCAUCAACCAUCACCAAUCGCAACAGCACCUGCCACCACCCAAUCAGCCGCAGUUCCACCAUAAUGCGUCUGCACCCAAUAAUUCCUCUUCGGGGAAGCAUAUGCAGCAGAGGCCACCACAGAGUGGCGGAGCCCCGAGCCUGCAGCAGAACAGUUCUUCCUCUCACAAGUCUCAUGCGUCCCACAAUAAUUUAUCGUUGCCCAUUCAGCCCCAGAAUUUUGCUUUGAUGACUACCCCUCCGGUCGGUUUGGGUGCUGCCGGAAGUAAUCAAAACGAGAAAAAAUCCCAUCAGCAAUCGCAACACCAGCAGCAGAUAAUGAAGUCUGGAGUCGAGACUCUUCCGCCUCAUACGUUUGCUAUGUCGUUCGGUCCCAUCAAUGUGACUCCUGCUGCUGGCCCAGGCAUCGAUAAGGCUGCCGUGGUGCAAAACCAGGCUAUGUUUCAGACUUUCUCAGACGCUACUCGGCAAAGUGUCCAAAUGAUGCCUGUUGAUGCCCAGACUACACAGAAGCUCAUCCGUAUUUCUGAGGAGGGUAAACCCGGAAAUGUAGACUUGCCCAGGGAGGAUGAGAGAAAAAGCUUUGCCUUUUCGAGAUCCACGGACAUGGCCAAUGGGCCUGCUACCUCAUGUUCAGUUCAGGGAAUCACCGUGAUUGAUAGCUCGUCCGCGUCCAUGAAUAGCAACAGCUCUGGAACGAGUCCUCAGUCUCCCCAAUGGAAAAACUCAGCAAGAACUCCAGCCUCUCAAGCCCAAGGCCCGUCGUCCCUAGGGCCUUCAGGUGUGUCCAUGCACAAGAAUAUCAGCCAGCAACAUUCUCGAACCCAACAGCCCAUGCACACUCAGAUAUCCUUUGGAGGUACUCAAAAGCAAUCAUUAUCCUCUCAAGGGCAACAACAAAUAGCACCGUCAAGUGGCAACCAGGUUGGGUCACCCACGACCUCCUCCAUUUCCAAAGGUGCGAUGAGCGGGAGCCCGAGGACGCCUUCAUCUGCCUCAACAAACAAUAAAACAGGCCAGGGUUCAUCCUUUUCGACCCAACAGACCAAAAAUUCGCCGUCCAUGCCUAACCAAAAGUCGCCUUCAAUUCUCGGAAAUCCUCAUGCAGCAAAAAACCAAUUGCAACAGCAGCAGUCUCAGCCCAAAACCAUGCAGCAGGCCCAGUUAUUCUUCUCGAGCCCAUAUUCCCCAUCCCAUCCCCAUCAUUCGACUGGCUCGGCAAAUGCAGCUGUCGCCGGCCCGAGUGGAUACUACAUGACGCAAAGACGGUCCGGGUCGGACCAGCACCAGCGAGGCCCGGGUGGUGCUACUUUAAUGUCAUCGAGCGGGGUAUUGUCAUUGUGCACACCCGUCUCCUUGUCAAAUGCGAGCACCAAUGAUCCCACGACAGCAAUUGCUACGGCUACUUGUAAUGCGAAAGGUGGGGGUUUUCAGUCACAAGGCAUGAUGCAUGUGUCUCCUUUUGGUGCCCAAUCGAGCGCGAUGUUGUUGCCAGCUGGAUUCUCGUACAUACAUCCUGUCCCAGCUGGUGUACAGGUGAAGCCUGCUGAGCAAAAGCAGCCUGCUGGAAAUGACAAUUUGCAUCCAUGGCAGCCUGAGAAGAAAUGA